GAUCCUAACCUGUGUGCUGGCAGGUACAAUUCCAUUACCGUGAGAAUGGCCGGGACAGGUGUGAACAGCAGUUCUCCUGGGAGUGCACCAGCGGCUACUGUAAUGGCAGUGCCAACCGACAAGGACCUGUCGUGCAGACCACCGACAAGGACCAGUCCGGCCAAAGCCUCUGGUGCCAGUCGGAGGGACACUUCACUAGAAACUUCACUAGGGACCAGAAAACCCAAUCCUACACCCUGAGUGACUCAGGUUGCUGUUGGGGCUCCAAUGUCAAUGGAAAGACCAACUGGACAAUACACACCGAGGUGGAUUUGGGGUUACGGGUCAGCCCGGGGCCUCCAACCCAAAACACACCUCCUGUCACGGCAACUGUCCCAACCCUGCGAGUUCCUCAGAACUGCUUUUCCACUCUUCCUCUCUUGGCCUAUGACCCGGAUGGAGAUGACGUGAGGUGCCACUUCCCUGUGAACGUCGCACACCCCAACAUUACACUUGACAGGGUCCAGUGCACUCUGCAUGCCACAGGCCAGUUGGCUGCAGGGUUGCAUGUAUUUGAGGUGCUGCUGCAGGACCACCCCACUGUAGACGUCAACAUGACGGGAUAUAAAUCAAAUUAUACCAGAAAGGCCCUGAACGAGUCCUAUGCCAAUAACCCGACUCCGACCCCGUUCAGCCGCGUGCCCUUGCAGUUUGCCGUGGAGAUCCAGCCAGCUCUGUCCAACUGUCUCCCUGGCUACAUACGACCACAGUUCUUGACUCCAACACCUUCACAUGGGGAUGUCCAUCAUGCCGCUGUGGGUCUCCUGUACCAACUCGAAGCCCGAGUAAAAACCGCUCAUGCCAAGACAUUUGACUUCCAGGUCAGCGGCCCUUCCAACAUGACCAAGAAGAUCAGGGAUGAGGGCUUUGGUGUCACGAGGCUCUUCCUGGGCUGGAUCCCGCAGGAAAGACACCUGAGACAAAACAUUCCCAUCUGUUUCACUGCCGAGACAAACGAGAGCCAGUCAGAGAUGAGAUGUGUGGUUGUGGUGGUGGCCAAAGCCCUCGCACUUACAGGUGAGGCGAUUGUUUCGUGCACAGAGAAUAGGAUCAGCAUCGCCGUGAGCAAGGCCUAUCUGCCUGGGGUGGACAUGAAGUGGCUGCGGCUAGCCGACUCAUCCUGCUCCCUAACCUCCAACCAAACACACAUCAUGGGCACCAUGUCACUCAAAACCUGUGGCACAAAGAUGGAGGAUGCAGGUGACUUCAUGGUGUUCAAAAACGAAAUAAACUCCUUCGACGCGGUCAACGCGACCAUCACGCGACGUAACCGGAUCAACAUCGGCUUCUCCUGCCGGUAUCCCAAGACCGUCAGCAUUUCCAACUAUUACCAGAUCCACAGCUCCAACUACAUGUUCACAGAGUCCAACUUUGGGAGCUUCGGCUACACCUUUGAGGUCUUCAAGGACAGUAAGUUCACCCAGAAGGUGGAUCCCAGUGCUUACCCAGUGAAGGUGAAGCUAAUGGACAGGCUGUACAUGGGCAUCCAGGCCCAGGCCGAUCUGCCCAAGGUACAGCUGUUGGUGGAGUCUUGCAAAGCCACUCCGGAUGACAGCGCCAGCAGCAGUCUCUUCUAUGACCUCAUCAAAGACGGGUGUCUAAAGGACGAGACAGUCAAGGUUUAUCCCGGGAACCGAACCCAAUUCUACUUUGAGGUCCAGGCCUUCAAAUUCACUGGGAGCUACGACCAGGUGUUCCUCACCUGUACCGUCAUCCUGUGUGAGGUAGGAAACCCCAACUCUAGGUGUGACCAGGGCUGCCUGAACAAAGCCUCGCGGAGGCGCAGGCGAGAUCUCCCCAACGGAGAGACAGACAGGCACUACAUUACCCAGGGUCCUUUCCGUGUGGUCAGAGAGACCCAGCCCAGUGCAGACCAGAAGACAGGUGCAGGUGAAAAGACCCGUGCAGGCUGUAUAUCGAUGUGUGCCUGAUGCCACCCCUCAUCUCUGAUUCUCCACUGGACACGCAAUAUCAACUCCUGUUGUAGAUGUGGAAGCUACAUAUUUUCUCAGAUCGGACAUGGG